AAAGCCCCGGAAGUUUUCUCUGACGACGGCGACGACGAUUUCGGAAGGCAACAGUCCCAGGACCUCAAACCACGCAACACCUCGAGAAGCGACGUACCGGAACCGUUACGGUCUCUCAGUGAACAAACGUCAAACUGCCACAGCUCCAUUUCCGACUUUCUCAGGCACAAUGAUUAUCCCCGUUCGCUGCUUCUCUUGCGGCAAGGUUCGUCGGCACAGAUGAUUGCAUGCGAUGGACGCCUGGUAUCUAACUUCUGUCGUCAGGUCACCGGAGACCUGUGGGAGCGCUACCUCAAGCUCAUCGACGACGGCAUUACGGAUGGUGACGCGAUGGACCAGCUUGGCCUGAAGCGUUACUGCUGCCGCCGCAUGGUCAUGACCCACGUCGACCUUAUUGAGAAGCUUCUCAAGUACACACCGGACGGUCGCAACGAGAAGAAGAUGUCCUUGAACCCGUAA